AUGAAUCAACUAACUGCUGACCAUUUUGUUGGAUUGCUACCAUGGUUCUUGCUACUGGUGCUCAGCAUUGUUCUCUACUUCUGGAAUAGCAAACGACCUGGCCAGAGUAUUGGAGGCAAACAAAAUGUGCAGCCAGUUACGUCUGGCGAAAAGAACCCCUCUGGGAAAGAGCACUCGGAAGAGGCAUACUACUCCAUCGAGCCCCUCUCAGACUUUGAUCUCGAGAAGACAGAACCGCUCCAACUGCGGCCAUUCAAACCAAAGUAUCACAUGACCAUGGCCCUCGAAAACACGACACUUUCCGACCUCGUCGCCAUGGACAAGACCUACCUGGAGCGUCUCGACAUUCGCCGCCAAAUAAUUCAGGACCAACGGUCAGAAGUCAUAGCCUGCGAACUGCAAGCCGUCCCCGCAGUCAUGGAACUAUACACAUGGGCCAUAGGAACCUACCUGCCCCGUCGAUUCCCUUCCAUCUACGGCAUCGUCCACUCCACCACCAGCGAAGAGACAACAUCCACCUACCUAAAAAACCACGCCACAAACACCCUCAUCCCCCUUCAAGUCUCCUCCCCAGACCUCGCCCUCCAAAUCCUCGGCGAAAACAUCGACACCGAAUUCCUCUUACUCCAAAAACAAGACAGUCCAAACUUCCAAACCCCAGAACCAUACCGCCUAACGGCCUUCGUAAACUGCUUCCCCGCCGGCUUCUCCACCCUCUCCAAACUCGGCCUCUCCUUAGCCGCCAUCCACGCCCCCGUCCCACACUACGCCGAGAAGUUGGAAAAGAGCAUGGACCGCUACUUCUCCGCCCUUCCAGUGGGGAAAAUCGUAAAGCGCGUGAAUUGGAGCAUUAGUACGACGGGUGACUUGUUUUGUCUCGCGGGCGCCCAUAUGAGUGAGAGUGAGCUCGAGACGCCGCGCGAACGCGAGCGACAGGAGGAGAGUGUAGAUCUGGAUAAGACGGUUGUGAGAUGUGAGAGGCAGACGUUGCAUCGCUUGCCGAGGACGGGGGCUUUGGUGUUUGGAUUCAAGACGUACAUUUAUCCCAUCCAACAAAUAAGAGACGAGGGAAACGGACACGUACUUGCUGAAGCAAUCGAUGGCCUAGGUCGCGGUACAGUACCCAAAAUCACAGUGUACAAGCGACAAGUGGUCUGGGGCGAAAAGGUAAAGGCAUUCUUGAGGGGAGAAAUCAACGCUUGA